UCCAUUGUUUCAGGUUUCGCUUUACAGGAUUCACACCGUAUUUAACACUGAGAUCGCUCAAUGCUGCGGAGAAACCUCGAUUUAAGGUAAAGGUGUGCGCGGGUCGCCGCCCACCACAGCAGAAACAGGAUGUGAUGUCACAGCUUUAGCCGUUUCCCGUUUCCUGUCCAGCUGUUUGUUGCCACUCCAAAAGAGAGGACAUGUUUGAAGUCAAACCCCGAGCGGUGGAGAAGAAGGAGUCGAGCACUGAGACAGAUGAGGGGCUGGGCAGCAGCGGGAAGAACUUCGGCUCGAUGGGCUCCGGUUCGGCUGACUCUGGAUCAGUUUACCUGUCCGACAGCCAGGACUGGGCGGUGUCUCCGGGAUGUUCUCCUGACGACGGCACCGGGCAACUCACUGCCAUCUCCCCCAUGCUGGCCGAGGAGACUUUCCGCUACAUGACGUAUCUUGCUUUGGAGCCCUCCUCUCAUUCCCACCCCGGCUCUCAAAGCCUCUCCAAAGUCCUCAGUGGAGAUCGCGUGGAACAGAUGACCAAAACUUACAAUGACAUCGACGUGGUCUCACACCUUUUGGCCGAGCGAGACAGAGACUUGGAGCUGGCGGCUCGCAUCGGGCAGUCUCUUCUGCAGAGAAACCAUCUUCUGCAGGGACGAAAUGAAGCUAUUGAGGAACAGCUAGCACAGACAAUUGAUCAGGUUCACCAGCUUCAACAUGAGCUCAGUAAGAAGGACGAGUUGCUCCGGAUGGUGGCCAGCGCGUCGGAGGAAAGCGAGACGGACUCCAGCGUUUCGACGCCGUUACGUCAGCCUCCAGCGCUGCGUGGAAACACAACUUCCUCCACUCUCAGUCAGCUGGAGAAUCUGCAGAGUAAACUGCAAGAUCUGGAGGAGGAGAACUUGGCGCUGAGAUCUGAGGCGUGUCAACUGAAGACCGACACCAUCACCUAUGAGGAAAAGGAGCAGCAACUAGUGAGCGAUUGUGUUCAGGAGCUCCGUGAGUCCAACGGCCAGAUGGUUUCUCUCACGGACGAACUGUCUCAUAAGAACGAGGAUCUGCUCAGACAUCAGGAGGAAAUCACUCAGCUGCUUUCUCAGAUAGUGGAGCUGCAACACAGAGUGAAGGAGCUUGCUUUGGAGAAAGAAGAGCUGAGAAUUCACCUUCAGGCGUCUAAAGAAUCUCAAAGACAGCUCACAGCAGAGCUGGACGAGUUGGCCGACAGGAAUGCUGAAUGUUUAGAAAUGCUCCACGAGUCCCAGGAGGAGAUUAGAGAACUUCGAAAUAAAAACACUCCUUCGGCUGGGAUGAGAAGACACCUUUCAUACGGCCUCUAUCCAAUGGACUCUCUAGCAGCAGAGAUCGAGGGCACCAUGAGGAGAGAGUUAAGUGUAGACGAGGAAACCGUCUCUCAGGACCAAAGAUCAUCCCAAAGGCGAGUCUUUCAAACUGUUCGCUCCAUCAACUCCUCGUCAUCUCGUCCAGCUUCUGCCACUCCUCCCAUCCCAGGAUCAGGGCAGAGCUCUCUGGUUAUGACGGCACAGCCUUUCCAGUCCAAUCAGGGGGAGGAGGUGCGAAUCGGCCAACCUGGCUGUCCUGGAGGAAACGAUCUGAACAGAGCUCUCCAUCGACUCUCGCUGCGAAGACAGAACUUCAUGUGCGAGCGUCGCUUCUUCCAGGCGGAGCGAGAGAAGAAGAUGCAGGCGUUGUCCGAGACCGACGGAGAAAGCAGCGGCUGCGUCUCCCCGAUGGGAAGCAACAUGUCGUCUUUCUCCAACCUGUCAGAACUCUCCUUCAGCUCCAGCGUUUUCAGGACCUUCCUGCCCGAGAAGCUGCAGAUCGUCAAGCCCAUGGAAGGCUCACUGACUCUCCACCACUGGCAACAACUGGCCCAACCUCACCUGGCCACCAUCUUGGAUCCUCACCCAGGUGUAGUGACGAAGGGUUUCUGCCCCCUGGCUCAAGAUGCCGUCUACAACAUGUCAGACAUGGAGGAGGAUGAGGAGGGUGAAGAGCGCAGGAGUAAACAGGAGAAAGGGGCGACAGAGCGAGGUAAAGAAGAGGAAGAAGAGGAAGAAGAAGGCGGGAUAACCUUCAAAGUGAGGGUUUCAUCUACACCGAACGACAGGAAGUAUUCGGUUUCGCCACUUCCUGUCCCGCCUCCAUCCCCCGAAUUACCUUCACCUUCUCCUUCUUCUUCCUCCUCUGUUAAAUCGGACCUCUGUGCGACUCACCUCGUCUCCAGCCAAUCAGCGCAGCCCAUUACAGGAACAUGUGCAACAGUGGUCCAAUCACAGAGUCAGAUCUGCAUCUCCACGACAACAACAACUUCUAUCCAAAAUCCAGGGAAGUGCCAGAGCUCCACCUUCUCGACGUACACCUUCACGACGUGUAGCAUCCUGCACCCGAGCGACAUCACACAGGUCACCUCAAGUUCUCAGUCGUCCAUCAUGGCCAACACUCCCAGCUCCAUGAGGACGGGUCCCAGUACUCCAGUGACUCCGUGCAGGCUGAGUUUAGGCGACUGUUUCCCCCCUCGUCGCCCUCCUGUGCCCACCAGAGGUCUGGCUAAACUGGUCCUGGAGAGAGGCAUUUCUGCACAAAUCUCCAUCGACACGCCUCCUCCAUCUCCAAAACCUACAUCCCGACAGCCUCUGUUUCGUCUCCUCCCAGGAACGCCUCCUAACUCCCCUUCUCACUCUCGCUCUCCCUCUCCCGUGCCUCAUGAAUCACGUCAACAUCCCCACGAUAAUUUCCUCGUUUCUCGGCCCGCGGAGCUUUUCCUGCAGGACGUUUACGGGUUAAAUCUGGGUCGUGCUCCACAUCCAGAUUUGCCGAGUCCCUCCCAGGAAGCUCCCCCUUCCCCUAAAUUGGGUCGACCUAGGCCUGAUCUCGGCUUAGUGGAGAGAUUACGACGACUUGGAUUCACUAAAGUGCUCCAAGGAUCGAAAUCCGACGCGUCAGCACCACGACAGGAUUGUUCUACGUUUGUUUCAGCGGGUGGUGGAAGCCUAUUGGACGGUUUGAGGCGGAACCAGAGUCUCCCAGCUAUGAUUGGUGCCCGAGCAGCGAAGUCAACUCUUCCUCCUCCUCAUCCUACAACCCUCGCUCUCCCCCCUUCUCCCUGGGGAAACCCCAACGAACGACGACGCCAUCUUGGCUCUGUCUCCCAUGUCCCGUCGUCCAAACGUUGAUCGUCCAGAACAUAAAAAAACCUCCAUCUUCUUCUUCCUCCUUGUCUGCCUUUUGGAGAAAGUAGUAAUGGCGGAACAAUCCCUCCUUUUUAUGACUUAUUUUAAAGCACAAUUUAAACUGAACUGACUGUUUUUAGCUAUACCACCGCAGUGUCUAUGUGUGUAGCUGUUUGCCAUGAUGCUAGUUACCGAGGCCUUAGUUUUUGCCUCUGGUUUUUUUCCACAUCUUGAUACCUUCUCAGUCAUUAUUAGUAUUUAUAUAUUUUUCCCACGAGGGUCUGGAUGUUCAGGUAAAGGUAGACGAGGGACAUGUAAGUGGACGAAGGUUUGUGGAUGUGGAUUGAAGAAGAACGAGUUAUUACGAAAAGGAAGGUUUUUGUUAAUAAUGUAAAAAGGGAAAAGUAAGUGAAAAAGAGACUGAACAUCCAGAGUUGCUAUUCCAAGGGCUUGUUCUGUAGUUGGUUGGAAAAGUCUGUAUUAAAAUACUAUCAUCUGCCCAUUUUAAAGUCAAUGGUUUAUCUGAAAAUAACCAGUCACAAAAGAAGGGAAUAAACAUUAGGGCUUCGGAUAACAAAUAUUUCCUUUAUAGUUUAACCUGCCGAUUAUUUUCUAGAUUCAUCGAUGAAUGGUUUGGUCAAUAAAAUGGUGAAAAACCUCCCUGUCAGAUUC